CGCUGAUACAGUCUGUAGAAGAUCAGCAGCAGAACAACAGUCGAACGAAAGAUUACUGACAGAAAUAGACAUAAAACAUUAUAAUAAUACGUGUUUCUUGAGUGUGUAGAGGAACAUUGAGUCGGACUGAUCGACUGUUUAAUGAGAAGAAUCUCACUCGAUGUAACAGGAAGUGGGUCGCGCGGGGGAGGGAAGACUCUAUUUUUACUCUUUUUAUGUUGAGUCGGACAUGAGUUAAAGUAUCAUUACAGUCGUGGAUUACUCUCCGUCGAAUAAUAAGAAUAAACGAGUCGUUAAACGAUGAAAUCAAGACAGUGAAAUUGAAAACGCCGUGGAUGAUCAGCGCGUGAGAGGACUGAGCCCGUGGGCAAACCCGAUGCCAUGGAUUUAAAAACUGCUGCUUUCAACGCUGCCAGAGAUGGCAAACUCCGACUUCUGCAGAAACUUUUAGAGAACAAGAGCGAUCACGAAGUGAUGGAGCUCAUGGCGGAGAAAACCAACGGAGCGACACCGUUACUAAUGGCUGCCCGUUACGGCCACCUGGAGCUGGUGGAAUACCUCAUCGAAUGCUGCUGUGCUUCCGUGGAGAUCGGAGGAUCCGUCAAUUUCGAUGGUGAGAUCAUUGAGGGAGCGCCGCCACUCUGGGCCGCGUCUGCGGCGGGACAUUUGAAAGUCGUCCAGUCUUUACUGGGUCACGGUGCCUCCGUGAACAACACAACACUUACUAACUCCACUCCUCUGAGAGCCGCGUGUUUCGAUGGACAUUUACAUAUUGUCAGAUAUUUGGUGGAGCACAAAGCAGAUCUGGAGGUGGCCAACAGACACGGUCACACGUGUCUCAUGAUAUCGUGUUAUAAAGGCCACAAGGAGAUCGCGCAGUAUUUGCUGGAGAAAGGGGCCGACGUCAACAGGAAAAGUGUGAAAGGUAACACGGCUUUACAUGAUUGUGCUGAAUCUGGCAGUUUAGAGAUCUUGAAGAUGCUGCUGAAGUUUGGAGCCACCAUGGAGAAGGACGGUUACGGCAUGACUCCGUUACUCUCCGCUAGCGUGACGGGACACACCAAUAUUGUGGAUUUCCUCACACAACAUCCUCAAACAAAUAAAAAGGAGCGCAUUAAUGCUCUGGAGCUGCUGGGAGCCACUUUUGUGGAUAAGAAGAGAGAUCUUUUAGGAGCGCUGAAGUACUGGAAGAGAGCCAUGGAUCUGCGAUACAGCGAUUCUAACGAUAUACUGUUGAAAGAAGAACCCAAGCAGCUCACCAUGGCCUACGAUUACACCAAAGAGGUGAACACGUUUGAGGAGCUGGACGGCUUGAUCGCGGACCCCGAUGACAUGAGAAUGCAGGCCCUGCUGAUUCGGGAGCGCAUUCUCGGCCCGGCGCACCCAGACACAUCCUACUACAUCCGCUACCGGGGUGCCGUGUACGCAGACUCUGGGAAUUUCAAUAAGUGCAUCAAAUUGUGGAGGUACGCUCUUGACAUGCAGCAGAGAAACUUGGACCCUCUCAGUCCCAUGACGGCCAGCAGUCUGUUGUCUUUCGCCGAACUUUUCUCCUUCAUGCUGCAGGACCGAGCCAAAGGCCUGCUGGGAACCUCGGUGUCCUUCGACGACCUGAUGGAGAUCCUUGGGAAGAGCGUUCUGGAGAUCGAGCGCGCCGUCAAGCAGACGCAGCCCGGUCCGGAUCCGGUUCAACUCAGCAAAGUUCUGUCCAUCAUCCUGCACCUCAUCUGUCUGCUGGAGAAGGUCCAGUGUACGCUGGAGCAGGAACACUUCAUGAAAGAGACCAUUUACAAGUUCCUGAAGCUGCAGCCCUGCGGGAAGAACGGCUACAGUCCUCUGCAUCUGGCCGUGGACCGGAACACCACGUGCGUGGGCCGCUAUCCUGUCUGCAAGUUCCCCUCCUUCCAGGUGACGUCCAUCCUGUUGGAGUGCGGCGCUGACGUGAACAGUCGAGAUGAAGACAACAACAGCCCGCUGCACGUCGCCGCGUCCAACAACCACCCCGACAUCAUGAACCUGCUGAUUUCCCGCGGCACUCACUUCGACAGCACCAACUCCCUCAAACAGACGCCGUGUGACCUGCUGGACGAGAAGGAGCUGGCCAAGAACCUCAUCCAGCCCAUCAAUCACACCACGCUGCAGUGUCUGGCUGCUCGAGUCAUCAUCAAACACAGUCUGAUGUUCAGAGGAAACAUCCCAGAGAAACUGGAGGCCUUUGUGCUGCUGCACAGAUAGUGAUGAACUUCCUGUGCUGGAGAAGAUGGCAUGCACAACAGGGUCCUACCAUCUUUGCUUGGAUUACUGUUACACUUCCUCUUGUGUCUUGACCGGUUUCUGCUUUGCUUUGAAUGAAGAUCUGUAUGCAGAGACGGUAGGACACGCCUGGUUUUGUUAUGACCGUACGGUUGUGUAUGUUUACGGUUCUGCCCUCACUGGAUCAUUGUGUUGAGUGGAACGGGUCGCCGUCAUUACUCUCCUCAAACAUUGUGAUGUGCUUCAUGUUUGCAGAUACCAUAAGUGCUUUUAUUCUUCUAUGCACAGGCUGUGAUAUCGGGACUGUUCUGUCUUACUGCAUUCUGUGCCUGCCUGUUUUUUACGUUCAUCUUUCUCCUCAUUUCUUACACUGAACUGAUCAUGACGUGGUUAAACGCAUCAGUAAUCGAGAUCUUUGAACUCAUCUGCAUUGAGAAAUGUCAAAAGUAAACACACAUUGACCCGCCUCAAUGUUUUAUCGCACAGCAUGUAUUGAAGUUUUAUGGUUUACCCAUCGAAGUCGAUCAGAGGCGAUAUGAACUCUGCUUCAAGUUUAUUUUUAGUUGAUCUGGCUCGUGUGAGAUGAUGAUGACGAUUAUAUUUCCUCUCUGGAAUCUGCAGCUCUGUGUGGUUCAGUUUGAACUCAAGGGCUCUGGAUUGUUUUACUCAAUGAAACAUGUACAGUCAAAUGACUUUAUUGCAGUUAAAAUUAAUAUUCAUAUUACACUAUAAUGCUUGUUGGUGUCCUUGGAUCAUAACUGACAAUAAACCAUGUUGCACUUCUCUGAUUGGCACUGUUU